GGUAAUUUAUUGUUCAGGUAUUUAAAAGAUAGAUAGGUAAUUUAUUGUUCAAGUAUUUAAAAAAAUAGAUACUGUUUGAGUACUUAACACUUUAUUUUAUGAAAGCUCUAAACAAUUUGGAUCACUUUUUAUGAUAUUUUGUAGGCAGGGGGACCCUACAAAAGCUCUCAAUUAAACGCAUUUUAUUGAUGAAAAGAACUUGUAAGCGUGAAUUUCGCAUUCGACUUAAUUUGUUGAUGUAUGGUGAACUUAUGAAGUCAAAGUAAAGGAAGCAUUUACCUUAGCCACUAUAACGGUUUCUGUUUCUUUGUGAUUUUUUAUAAUAAAACCUAUUAAUAUAACAUCUUGUUUAUUACUUUCACAGCUAAUGUACAAUUAACCGGCCGAUUCCAUUCACGCUCUGCCUAAGGCUAUUUUUUUUUCAGCUGGCAAAUACAUCACCCCUUAGAACUUCUCCUAUAAUCCAUGAGCAUGGAGCUGUCAGCCGGCGAGCGUGCCUGCAUCUCGCGCAAUCCACACUGGUUGAAAGUUAUCUUGCCUGUCAUGUCGCCUAGGGUUUUUCGACUCACUCCUUUGUUUUUCCAAGCUCUGCUUCUCUGUCUGACAUCUGACGGUCAACUGACGCUAUCACAAGGCUCAGCGAAUUGGUCCAGCGCGCUCCAAAGCUGCAGACUCGAAGGCAAACAACUAGCCGUGCUCGACACAGACAACAAGAUCCACGAAGCCAGGAAUCUAGCAGGCGGCAUGAAAGCAUGGAUAGGGUUAAGAUAUGGUGGGGACCAACGCGGAAUACUGCUUUGGUCCGAUGGGUCAGAUGCACAGAGUAUUAAAAACAAAUGCGUUGGAAGUUUCGCAAAUAACAAGAGUUGUUAUCACUUGCAUAGCGGAGGGGGGAAGCCCUUUAAAGAUGAACACUGCACUGAGAAACUACGUUACAUGUGUCAAGUUGUCAAUGGUUCAAGCUUGCCUACGAUAGGUAAAACUCUUACUAGAAACAGUGCCAGAAUUGCUUGCCAAAACAGCCAAACAUUAUUAGACCCGUAGCUAGUGAGCGUUCUUUGCACACCAAACAAAGGAGGUGCUGUGGUUUAAAGGGGCCCGCACGCUCGUUCUUAGAGUGUUUAAAGCCGCAUUGUCACCAGUUUACUUCCGGAGGUCCGACUGAAACCUCAACCGUUAAAAGACAAAAGAAUCUAUUAGAAUCCGAGAGAUUUAACAGGCCAUCC